AUGUUGGCGUUCAAGAAUUUGGCCAAGUCCACGCUGGGGGAGCUGAAGGGCGCCCUUGUCGAGGCGGACGAUGACGAGGACGAGGAGGACGUCGACGAGGAGGACGGCGCCGACGCGCAGGAGCCCUGCCAGGAGUCGCCGAAUGGCCGGUCGGCCCCGCCAGUGGAGCCGCCGCGCGCCGGGAUCGCGCAGCGCACGGACACGGCUGGCGCCGCCACUGCGGCGGCGAGCGGCUGGCGCGCGCGGAGUGCCACGCCCGAGCGCGUCGCUCCCGGCGCGGCGGCGCCAGCGCAAUCCGCGGCAGCCUCGGACGGUGCUGCGUUGGCAGCGCCGGUCAGGAGCGAGCUCCCUUUGCCGCCGCCGAGCGCCAAGGAGGAUGCCGAGGAGGCGCCCGCGCUGCCGAGCGCCGCGGAGAUCCUGGCGGAGCUGGGCGGCGCUGCCGAGGGUGACGACAGGCCUGGGCUCUUGGCGUCCCUCGGCGAGCGGUACGAUGCCGUCCUCGCCGAGCGUUGUGCGCUGCAGGCGCGGCUCCGGGAUGCCCAGCGGUGGGAGCAGGCCGCCCGCCGGCUGGAGGAGGAGGUGGCGGCGUGGCAGGUGGCCCACCGGGCUGCCACCGCGCGCGUGGAGGAGCUGACCCUGCGGAACGCGGACCUGUCCGCGCGCGCCUGCGAGCUGGAGAAGAAGGGCGACGCGGCUGAGAAGCGGCGGCUGAUGGAGCGCCUGGCGGCCCGCGAGGCGGAGGCCCGCGCCGCCACCGAUGCGCUGCAGAAGCUGCAGAACGUGCUCGAGGACGCCGACGACGCCGCCAACCUUCGGGCGCUGGAGCGGCAGCUGAGGGAGGUGCGGCAGGUGGCCGCCAGUGCAGAGGAGGCACGCGCCGCGGAGGCGGCAAGCGCACAGGCGGCACGGGAUGCCGCCGCGGCGGCGGUGGCGCAGCAGCAGCCGCUGGCCACGAGGUGCGGCUUCCUGGAGCGAGAGCUGCGCGAGACCACGGCUGCGCUGGAGGUGCUGCUACAGGAGAAGAGCCGGCACCUGGACGAGAGGGAGCACUACGUGGACAGGCGGCUCGUCACGUCCAUGCUCGCGCUGUACCUCGACCACCUGGGCUCGGGCCAGCGCGGCCUGGCGGACCAGGUGCUGAAGCAGACCAUGCAGGUGCUCGGCGCCGACUCUGCUCAGGAGGAGAGGCAGCGCAUCAAGGAGGCAGCUGCCGCCGCGCAGGCGCGCCUGGCGGAGCCUCUGGGCGAUGCUUUCGUCGACUUCCUCACCAGAGAGGCCACGCCGACCAACGGCACGGCGAACGCCGCUGCGCUCGGCGCGGGCCUGUAG